UGGUUUAAUAUUUAAGCAUGUUCAUAUUUGUGUCUCUCUUUUUUAGCAGAGGGAUCCCACUUUGGUGGUGCCAGGGUGAAUCAUCGACAAUGUUUUCUCCAGUGCUCAUCCUGCUCUCGAGUUUUCUCUGCCAUGUGGUUAUUGCAGGACGGACCUGUCCAAAGCCUGAAGAGAUACCAUUUUCCAUAGUCAGUCCAUUGAAAACAUACUAUGAACCAGGGGAGCAGAUAGUAUACACAUGCAAGCCAGGUUAUGUGGCCCGGGGAAUGAUGAGACGGUUUACCUGUCCUCUCACGGGGAUGUGGCCCAUCAACACUAUGAAAUGCACACCCAGAGUAUGUCCUUUUGCUGGAAUCUUAGAAAACGGAGCUGUACGCUAUACAACUUUUGAAUAUCCCAACAUGAUCAGUUUUGCUUGUAAUACCGGGUUUUAUCUGAAUGGAACUAGUUCUUCUCAAUGCACUGAGGAAGGAAAAUGGAGUCCAGAGCUUCCCGUCUGUGCACCCAUAACCUGUCCUCCACCACCAGUACCUAAAUUUGCAACACUGCAUGUUCAUAAGCCAUCAGUUGGGAACAACUCCCUCUACCGGGACACAGCAGUCUUUGAAUGUUUGCCGAACUAUGCUAUGUUUGGAAAUAAUACAAUUACCUGCACAGCUCAUGGAAACUGGACUGAAUUACCAGAAUGCAGGGAAGUAAAAUGCCCAUUCCCAACAAGACCAGACAAUGGAUUUGUAAACUAUCCUGCAAAACAAGUACUGUCUUACAAGGAUAAAGCCACGUAUGGAUGCCAUGAUACAUAUAACCUGGAUGGCCCGGAAGAAGUCGAAUGCACCAAAAUGGGAAACUGGUCUGCACAGCCAAGCUGUAAAGCAUCUUGUAAAUUAUCUGUUAAAAAAGCCACUGUGCUCUACCAAGGAGAGAGAGUGAAGCUCCAGGAAAAAUUUAAGGAUGGAAUGAAACAUGGUGAAAAAGUCUCUUUCUUCUGCAAAAAUAAGGAAAAGAAGUGUAGCUAUACAGAGGAGGCUCAGUGCAUAGACGGCACCAUUGAAAUCCCCAAAUGUUUCAAGGAACACAGCUCUUUGGCUUUCUGGAAAACAGAUGCAUCAGAUGUGAAGCCGUGCUGAAGCUGCCUUCAGUGGAGAUCAAGGGCUGUGCUUGUACCUGUGCUUUGCAAGGAACCAGUGGAGAUGGAGAAAUAAAGUCCCUGAACCUACCACCUCA